AUGAAGUUCCAAGCCGCUAUUGCCCUAAUCGCUGUCGCCUCUAUGGCCAACGCCCUAUCUGACGCUCAAACAGCUGAAUUGAACGCCAUUCUUUCUGAUGUCCAAAACCAUUUGUCGGACUACAUGGGUCUAGCCACAUCCGGCCAAAUCUCUUUAUCUGACUUGCCAGCCGGUGUCCUAAACCUAGGUAUGGCUAUUGCCCAAGGUAAGGAAACUAGUGCUCUAUACAACAGUGUCGACAUGGACGCUGUCCAAACCUGGUUACCAGCUUUACCAUGGUACUCUACCAGAUUAUCCUCUGAAAUCGACGUUGCUUUGUACACCAUCACUCACACUUCUGCUGCUGCUCAAACCUCUGAGACUACAUCAGCUAAGACUUCUGCUGCUACUACCCCAGCUACUUCAGAAGCUUCUUCCGCUGCUGUCGCUGCCUCCUCUGCCGCCGUUGCUGCUUCUUCCUCUGCUGCUGCCGGUACUGCUUCUGUUACUGCUGCUGCUUCUUCUGCUGCCGUCGCUGCUUCUUCCUCCGCCAUUGCUGCCGUUGAAUCCGAAUCUGUUGUCUCCUCUGCUGUUUCCAACAAUUCUACUUCCGCUGCUACCAGCUCUGCGAUUGUUGGCGGUAACACCACCAUUACUGCUACUUCCACCAGAAUGCACACCAGUACCAUCUGUACCGAAAACUGUCCAAUCACCACUUCCACCGGUGCUUCUGCUUUCCAAAACAGCACUACCACUAUCACUGAAUGUGAUGAAGUCUGUCACUCCUCCAAGUCUGCUGCCAUGACCACCAUCUCCUCUUUGACCACUGUCACCUCUACUCACUGUGACGAAGUAUGUCACUCUUCCAAGUCUGCUGCUGCUUCUGCCGGUGCCAACGGUAAGACCACUGUCACUCAAGUUGCUACCAUUUCUGCUGCUUCCACUGCUCAAGGUGUCCAUGUCCAAACCGAAAACAACGCCGCUAAGAAGGUUGCUGGUCUAACUGCUGCUGUUCUAGGUGCUGUUGCCCUAUUGUUGUAA